AUGAGUCCAGUAGAGAUUCAACAAGAGCUGGGAAAACCCAAAAUUGCCAAAAGAAGAUUUGUGGGCAAAAAAACAACCAACACACCUACAGAUUCAGAGGUACAUAAUCAAUCAUUAGUUAAAAAAGAAGUAAAACGUCAUAUAGGAAGAGUUAUAAAUCAAAUACCUGAUGAUAUACUAGACGAUAAAGACUUAGAUGAAGCAAUAAAAUUACUACCUUCUAACUAUAAUUUUGAAAUUCAUAAAACAGUAUGGAACAUAAGGAAAAAUAAUGCCAAAAGAAUUGCAUUACAAAUGCCUGAAGGUUUAUUAAUAUAUUCAUUAAUUAUAUCUGAUAUACUAGAAGAAUUCUGUCAAGUUGAAACUUUAGUGAUGGGAGAUGUAUCUUAUGGAGCCUGUUGUAUUGAUGAUUUUACAGCAAGAUCACUAGACUGUGAUUUUAUUGUACAUUAUGCUCAUUCGUGUCUUGUACCAAUAGAUGUAACAGAAAUUAAAGUAUUAUACGUAUUUGUUACCAUAAAUAUUGAUGAAAAACAUUUGAUAAAUACUAUAAAAAGAAAUUUUGAUCAAGGUUCACAAAUUGCCAUAUUUGGAACUAUACAAUUUAAUCCUACAAUUCACAGUGUAAAAUCAAUUUUGGAGAAUGAUGACGAAAAACCAAUUUAUUUGAUACCACCACAAACAAGACCAUUAUCGAAAGGUGAAGUAUUAGGAUGUACCUCAGCAAGACUAAACAAAGAACAUAUAAAAGCAACCAUCUACGUAGGGGACGGUAGAUUUCAUCUAGAAAGUUCAAUGAUACAUAACCCUGAAAUCCCAGCUUAUAGAUAUGAUCCAUAUGAUAGAAAAUUUACCAGAGAAUAUUAUGAUCAAAAACAAAUGAUAAGCGUUAGGAAAGAUGCUGUCCUAACCACUAGAAAAGCUAGAAAAAUUGGAUUGAUUCUAGGUGCAUUAGGAAGACAAGGUAAUCCUGUAACAUUACAAAAAUUAGAAGUACAACUAAGGGAAAAAGGAAUUCAAGUAGUAAAGAUUAUUUUAAGUGAAAUCUUUCCGCAAAAAUUAUCAAUGUUUGAUGAUAUUGACGCUUUUAUACAAGUUGCAUGUCCAAGAUUAUCAAUAGACUGGGGUUAUGCUUUCAAUAAACCAUUGUUAACACCUUAUGAAGCAAUGGUCAUGCUAGAGGAAGAUAGAAUGUGGGAUGAAAAAUAUUAUCCAAUGGAUUAUUACUCAAAAGACGGUUAUGGUAGAGGUCAAAUUCCUGAUCAUGAAAACGUCGAUCUUUAG